AAGUUUGCAACUAGUUUUAGAAGGGAUUCAGGUUUUUGUUUUUAAUGUCCUUUCUUCGGAUAAUAGAUUUUCUAAAACCCUCUUUAGGUAGCAGAAAAGUUGAUGAUUAUGCAUGAAGAAUGUUUGGAAGGUAAUUAUCAGUCUAUUGAAAAAAUGAGGGCAGCCAGUCGUCCACCAGUUACUCACGUCAGACAGUUUAAUGAGGAGGAUGAGGAUGAGGAUGAUGAUGACGAAAAUGACGGCAUGGGUGAGGAUAAUACAACAAACAUGAUGAUAGAUUUGCCAAAGUCCCGGCCAAUUUCAAAUGCAGUUGAUACGUCAACUGAUUAACCAAAAACCAAGCAAAAUGCUGAAGCUGCAGAUGAUGGUUGGGUAGUAGUUUCUUCUAAACGAAAUAAGGGAAGAAAAUUUUAGGUUGCCUCUUUAAUUACCAUAUACAUUUCCCUCUUGUUUUUCUGAAACGACAUGUAUUUCGUU